UUAUUCACGUAGAAGUCACAUGAUGACAUGGCGUUCACUCUGUAUUCCCUGUUUGAAGCGGCGCUUCUUUGUAUAAAUGCAGUUGCUGUACUCAAUGAAGAGCGAUUUUUGUCAAAAAUUGGAUGGGGAGCUGACCAAAAUAGAGGAUUUGGAGAAGAAGUUGGAGUGAAAAGUCAGAUAAUUGAUCUAAUCCGUUCUGUGCGAACACUGAUGAGAAUUCCGCUGAUCUUCUUCAACGCGCUCACCAUAUCCCUGCUGCUGGUGCUUGGAUAACUGUAACUUAUAACCUUGGCUCAACGCACGUGC